AUGGCAGUGGGGCAGCAUGGCAGUGGAGUAGCAUGGCAGUGGAGCAGCAUGGCAGUGGGGCAGCAUGGCAGUGGGGCAGCAUGGCAGUGGGGCAGCAUGGCAGUGGAGCAGCAUGGCAGUGGAGCAGCAUGGCAGUGGAGCAGCAUGGCAGUGGGGCAGCAUGGCAGUGGAGCAGCAUGGCAGUGGAGCAGCAUGGCAGUGGAGCAGCAUGGCAGUGGAGCAGCAUGGCAGUGGAGCAGCAUGGCAGUGGAGCAGCAUGGCAGUGGGGCAGCAUGGCAGUGGAGCAGCAUGGCAGUGGAGCAGCAUGGCAGUGGAGCAGCAUGGCAGUGGGGCGGCAUGGUAGUGGGGCAGCAUGGCAGUGGGGCAGCACUAACAGCAGAUCAUUUAAGCUCAACUAAACCUGUUAUCAUAGAAGCCCAAUGCCCCUCCAUUUACCCCAUUCCCCCUAUUCCUCCCAUUCCCCUCCUCCCGCCCCUCCACCCCGUUACACCCCUGCCCUCCCCCUUCUUCACCCACUCACCCCCUCCCCCUCCCUCGCCCCCUCCCCUCCCCCCCGCACCCCUUCCAUCUCCGCGCGUACAUGAGCAGGUGCAGCGGGCGGUUAAGGCCCAACAUCCCUACCCCUCACCACCUCCCCCUUCUCCCCCCCCGUCCCCUCACCACCUCCCCCUCCUCCCCCCCCGUCCCCUCACCACCUCCCCCUCCUCCCCCCCCGUCCCCUCACUUGUCCUCCCUUCUACCGUGCCCUUUUAUCCUUUCCCAUACCACACAAACACGCAGGAUAUUUCUGAUCCACAUUCUCUCCCCUCACCCCCGUAA